CGUUGUCACUCGUUACUGAGUGGCAUACAUAUAUACAGUCGCUUCAAUGAUGCCCCCAGCUGAUGAGGUCCCGGCUGUGUCCAGAAACUUCUUCUUACCGCCCGCCAUCGGGGCUACCAGUACCCUUGAUGCGAAAAAGAUCCAGACGACAAAGCUCUUGCAAGAUGCGCACAUGUUACAACAGCUCGAACAGUCUUACCACAUAGACCAAUUCCUCAACAACCCGUCGCCAAUUGAUGAGACAACCAUCACUUUUGCGGACAACAUCACCCAGGCGCUAGGCGACGCGCUACGAUCCACACCUUAUGAGUACCCUUCGUCGGAUGCUCCCACAUUCAAGAGACCGCACCGUCGACCCAAGCGACUAUCGCGACACAACACUGCCUCUUCUGUAGGAGGAAGCUCGGUGUCUCGCAAGUCGAAGCGCUGCUACCUAUGUGGCACGACUGAUACACCGCGCUGGCAAGAGGCUGGGCUUGGAAGUCGUCUGUUCUGCAAUGUUUGCGGACUGUUGCACUCCAAGAAAUUAACCAUGCGCAAGCAUCUUGCUCAGUCCAGUCGCGGGGAUACCAUGUCGACCACCGACAGCGCUUGGUCGUGACUAUCUAUUAAUUGUUGCCGAUGUCGCUGUUUAUUUAAUGUAUAUAAGCCGGAGUUUGGUCUUUUUUUUUUGGUCUAUCGCACUGGGUUUAGAGUAUAUAGAGGGUUGCGAUAUCGAAUUAAUACAGCAAUUAAUUAA